AUGCCAUUUUACAGUUAUAAGAGAAUCACCUGUGCCACUCUGUUUUUGCUAACUCUAAGACCUUUCUGGGCAUCAAACAGUACAAGUGUGCUCUCGCCAGACUGCGAUUUCGAUAACUCUACUUUAUGCAAUUGGGAAAAUGACAAAACAGGGAUAGUGCAGAUUAAUUGGAUUGUACGGUCAGGGGCCACACCAAGCCAAUGGACUGGACCUCAGUCUGACGUGUCAGGCCAUGGAAGGUAUGCGUACGUGGAGGCCAGUGGUCGUAAUCAUGGUGACAGGGCUAGACUUAUAAGCCCCAAAAUGCAAGGUCCAAAGUGUUUGUCAGUUUGGUACCACAUGUAUGGUAGUUCAAUGGGGAGCCUCAUCAUUUACCUGAAAACAAAUGACAGUGAGAUGAUACAAUGGAUUAAAUCAGGAAAUCACCCAGACCAAUGGCUGCAGGCAGCCGUAUUCGUUAAUUCGUCUGUUGAAUAUCAGAUAGUGGUUGAGGCUAUCAGAGGCUGGUAUUUUGCAAGCGAUAUCGCUAUCGAUAAUAUCAUUUUGUCAAAUGGAAAAUGCCAAAAUUUAGGCAAGUGA